UUCAAGGCCAAGCACCGCAAGACCGGCCAGAAGGUGGCUCUGAAGAAGGUGCUGAUGGAGAACGAGAAGGAGGGGUUCCCUAUCACAGCCUUGCGGGAGAUCAAGAUCCUCCAGCUUCUAAAGCAUGAGAAUGUGGUCAACUUGAUUGAGAUUUGUCGAACCAAAGCCUCCCCCUACAACCGCUGCAAGGGCAGCAUAUACCUGGUGUUUGACUUCUGCGAGCAUGACCUCGCUGGGCUGCUGAGCAACGUUUUGGUCAAGUUCACGCUGUCUGAGAUCAAGAGGGUGAUGCAGAUGCUGCUCAACGGCCUCUACUACAUCCACAGGAACAAGAUCCUGCACAGGGACAUGAAAGCUGCCAACGUGCUUAUCACCCGGGACGGGGUCCUCAAGCUGGCUGACUUUGGGCUAGCCCGGGCCUUCAGCCUGGCCAAGAACAGCCAGCCCAACCGCUACACCAACCGUGUGGUGACGCUCUGGUACCGGCCCCCGGAGCUGUUGCUCGGGGAGCGGGACUACGGCCCCCCCAUUGACCUGUGGGGUGCUGGGUGCAUCAUGGCAGAGAUGUGGACCCGCAGCCCUAUCAUGCAGGGCAACACGGAGCAGCACCAGCUUGCCCUCAUCAGCCAGCUCUGUGGCUCCAUCACUCCCGAGGUGUGGCCAAACGUGGACAAGUACGAGCUGUAUGAGAAGCUGGAGCUGGUCAAGGGCCAGAAACGGAAGGUGAAGGACAGGCUGAAGGCCUACGUGCGUGACCCCUACGCGCUGGACCUCAUCGACAAGCUGCUGGUGCUGGACCCUGCGCAGCGCAUCGACAGCGAUGACGCCCUCAACCACGACUUCUUCUGGUCCGACCCCAUGCCCUCGGACCUUAAGGGCAUGCUGUCCACCCACCUGACGUCCAUGUUUGAGUACCUGGCACCACCACGCCGGAAGGGCAGCCAGAUCACCCAGCAGGCCACCAAUCAGAGCCGCAACCCCGCCACCACCAACCAGACGGAGUUCGAGCGGGUCUUCUGAGACCUCGUGGCCUGCUGAGGUCGUUGUUUUCUCUUCUGCUAUGUGGCGUGCAUGGUGGAGAUGGUGGGGCAUUUGAGCGUCUUCUCUAGCGCGUAUCUUGUUUAAUCCUCACCCCUGGCGCUGGGAGCAGCCAGCUGAGUGGACUGGGGUGAAGUGUCGGCAGAAGGCCACGAGGGCACCGAGCCGCCUGCUCCUUGGCUUUCUGGACGGGCCCAGGCAGGAGUGGGUGGGAGGAGAGGUUCGCCCCCCCGUGACUUUCUCAGCGUGCCCAGCGGGAUGCGGGGGGAUAGGCCCCUUGCCCUCCACACGCUUCUCUUGGAUGACAAGCUUGAUGGGACAGGCCGUCUGUGCGUGGGCCACUCCUGGCCCCACCCUCAGCCGCACUGGGACCCGCACAAACUCUUGGUUUCUUUCGUAGGAUCGUUGUGUUUCUUUUGGUCAGUUGUCCUGGGACAUGCCUGGUUGGUUACCAUUAAAAGUUGGCUUUUUCAGUAA